ACUACCACAAGCAAAAGCUCUUUUGUUGAACACCUAUGAAGAACUAAACCCAAUUCCUCUCACAAAUUAUCUAAAAUUAAAAGUUAAGAACUUACUCUACAUAGGUUGCUCAACUUUAUCGAUUACACAGGAGAAUGAUGGUAGUUCUACUUCUGCAGGUUGUUUAUUUUCAUGGCUCGUAGACAAAAAGUUGGUUCUGUUGUCUAUAUAUCUUUUGGAACAGUUGUAGAAUUGGGCAGUAAAGAGUUAAUGGCAUUAGCUGAAGCGAUUGAAUUUAGUGGUAAGCCAUUUCUCUGGUCUCUUAAAGACAAAUACAAAGAAAAUCUUCCAGAAGGGUUUCUUGAAAGAACAAAAGAGAAAGGAAUGGUGGUUUCUUGGGCACCCCAGAGAGAUAUUCUGCAACAUGGUUCAGUAGGUGUGUUUGUAACCCAUGGAGGGUAUCAUUCAUUGCAGGAGAGUAUAUUGGGUGCAGUGCCACUUAUAUUUAGAUCAUUUUAUGCAGAUAAUCAUAUAAAUGCAAAAAUUGCAGAGGAGGUGUGGGGGAUUGGAGUGAGAGUUGAAGAUAGAGUUAUCACUAAAACUAGAAUGGUUAAGUGUUUGGAAAUGGUUUUUGAGCAGGAAAAAAUGAAGAAAAUGAGACAGGCCUGUGAUGAACUUAAACAAGUUUUGAUCAAAGCUGAUGGUCCUGAUUCUGGUGCUGCUAAGAAUCUGAAGGUUUUGUCGCAGUUAAUUAGUGGCUAAAUUAGAGAGAAGAAGGAUGUUACGAUUUAUAUGUAUACUAUACUUCUGAAUAAUUAAGAGUAUACACAUAACAUACGUAAGAAAAUAAAUUAAGAGCAGGUUGAAUUUUAAUUUUAAAUUUGUGGAUGA